AUGGAGUCUCCAACGCGUCCAGUCCUCAGUCCCACCAAAGCCCUGAACCCGGUAUCGCCGGAACGCAUGAAUCAACAAACAAUCCCCGCCUCUCCUUCCCUCCCCUCGGAACUCUUGUCCCUACACCAUAAAAACGCGAAAGGAGUGUCAGAGGUUCAAGCAAAGGUGGCAUUUUUGAAUAGCCUCGCUCGAGGGGGAAGCCCAAGUGCUCAAGCACAAUCAGCCAUAAACAAUGCCGCGCUGCAAAGAGCAAUCCUCGGUCGCGAGGAGGCUGAAUCCGCCCUCGCAUCAGCUCAAGAAGACCUCGCCGAAGCACAAUCACGAGAACGCCGAAUCAGCGAGCGACUUGAAUCACUAUUAGAGGAACUCCACGGCACCAAAGAACGCCAAGCCAACGAACGAUCAAUUUUUGAGAAAGAAAUCAGAAAGGCCCGGAAAGAAGCUUUCCGUGCGGGCUCGACACUAGUCAAGCUGCAAGAAGAGCUAAAACACGCCAAAUCAGAGUCAAAGGCCUUGAAAGACGAAGUCGCCACGGAGCGGGAAGCCAAGGACCACGCGAAACAGGAGGCAUUCGAACGUGCAUACGCUCUGGCCGGUCUCACUGAAGAACUAGAAGUCCUCAAGGGUAAAUUCCGAUCUAUAGAAGCAUCCAGCCAGUCAGAUAAACUGGAGGUUCGAGCCCAAGAGAUUCGAAAGGAAGACUUUGGCCGGAUGUCAAUAGCGGAGGGUGAUCUAGCAUUUUUGACAACACCACGCCGACCGAAGCGAGCUGCCGCAGACUCAAUCAGAUCUCCUGCUCAGGAAAGAGAGCCUGAAAACAUUGCAGAAGCCACUCCCCCGAAGCGACAACGACUAUCCGAGGUUACAUCUCUUGUUAAGGAGCCAGCCUCAACCGUUACCCCCUCGUCAGAAAUGGACAAUGAAAUGAUAGAUGAACUGAGGGAUGAGCUUUAUAUCGAGCGUCGUCAGAGAAUUCACGCGGAGGAAAUGGUCCAUUUCCUGAACAUCGAAUGCCAGUUUGAACGAUGCUCGUGCCGAAUCGCUGAAAAGGAAGGUCGGAGAUACAUUUACGACACCGAAUACUACGAAAGGUUCCAAAGGCCGCAAUUGGAAGCCGAAGCAGCGGCUCAAUCAAAGGUCAAAGCUCAAGCAGACGCGGCAGCGACACAAGCAAAGGCAGAGGCAGACGCGGCAGCUAAAGAAGCUGCGGCAGCACAGGCAAAGGCCCAAAUGGACGCGGCGGCGCAGGCAAAGGCACAGGCAGAUAAAAUAGCGGCGCAAAUAUUGGCCGAUGCGCAAGCAGAAGCAGCGAAAAUAAUGGCACGGGCGCAAGCAGAGGCGGCGCAAGCAAAGAGACAGGCAGAAGCAGCGGCCCAAGAAGAGAUAGCUCGACGAGCCCAGAUCUCAUACUCUGCGCCUCAGUCUAGCCAUACCCCUUCUGUGGAGCCUCCUGCCCCUCCUCCACACCGACAUGGCGUGGAAUCGGGGGUGAAAGUCAAGCGCGAGCCAACAGAACCCCCUGAGAAAAUGCCUAUGCCGGAUGAACCGUUGGUGACCUUCUCACCGGAGACAGGAACUUUCAAAACAUUCCCAUCACCUAUCCGCGACAAUGCUAGGCCCCCACCCCGGCGCAUUGAUGAAUUUGCCUCCCAAAGUAUUCCGUACCCAAGAGUUCGAUCCCGCGCCGAAUCCAGGGAAUCAGCCUCCUCAAGUGGACAUGUGCGGUCUUUCACUCCAUCAGAAGAACCCAGAUCGUCGUCUAGAAUGGCGAACUCUGCCCCUUCAGAGCCGGUUAUGAAUGAGAACGUUCACACCAAUACGUCCAUUGACGCCAGGCCUACAAGAAAUAGGGAGAGAGAGGAAUAUCACUCUCAUUCAACAACCAAGAGAGUUCCUCUUCGUGAUCCAACACAGCCCCAGAGCUCGUCUUUUCUCCCAGAUCAGCCAAUCAACCGCGAUGAUGCCCUCGCACAGAUAAGAGCGAGACGUAGCCGGGCGCGAAGCAAUGUCCGCUCAGUGAGCCUCAACGAAGCAACCGGCCGGUCUGCAGGUUCCACUGGAAGCACUGCCACAACUCCUGGUCGGGGGCCACGACGCAUCCCAAAUCUCCAAACGCAAUCUUCAAGAAGCGAAAACGACUUGGUCGAACGUCGGGAUCUGAGUGCUCCGGUCCGUAUGUUCCGUCGGUAA